CCUCGGCCCCGGGUCUGGUUACUCGACCUGAGACGACAGCUCACUCCCAGUAUUGUGUAGUGUGUAGUGCAGUUACCUGGUCACCCGAGGUCGACGUGUGUGCGAUGUCCCUUCGCCCUCGUUCGGGUGUCUUGCACGCCUAUACCUAACCUAACUUUCCUCUUCUGUAGGUGACAGCGUUAGCUCUGCACUUACUACAAUCUUUCCCCGCAAUCCAAACGGUGCAAUAGUGGAGUCUAUCUCGAAGCUGUUGUGAUGUGCUGUAAUGAGUGGUCAGUGAUGUUGUGAUGUUUCCGGCGAUGACGUGAUGUUGUGAUGCCAGUGCUUGUAAAUCACCUCUCCUGACAUCUUCCUCAGAUGGAGUGGACUUUCCCACAGCUAUCGUACAUGGGCUCUAUACCGGUGGCGGGAUCUGACCAAACCAAGAGGGCGGACUUCGUCAGAGCACAACUUGAAAGGCUGAGGGGCUGUUCCCGAUCCAAGCCUGUCCUGCUGGUGAUAUCACUUACAGGGAUCAAAGUAUGCAGCCCGGAUGGAAAGAGUGUGUAUAUGGCUCACGCGCUGAGACGCAUCUCCUACGCUACCUGUGACCCUACUCACUGCCAGUUCAGCUUCCUAGCUCGAGAACCAAAGGGACACUUUAGUCUACAGUACUGCCACUCAUUUGUUACCAAGACAGCUGAACAGGCGGAGGAGUUGAACAGUAUCGUGGGCAAUGCGUUCCGUAUGGCGUAUGCGGCACAGCUGCAGCGACAACCCACGUUCCAUGACGUGAUUGCUUCUCAGCUACAAGACAAGUCGGCCACCAAUCAGAUAAUCAGCUGGCCCAAGCAGAUCCCCGGAUCGGUAACCGACAACAUGGAGACGAACGUGACGUCGAGCUCGCCCACCUUGUUGUUACACAAGUCCGCACCACCCUCGUCCAUACCCGGACUGCGGAGCUACCACACGCACACGCACACGCACGGUCACUCGGACUCUACGCACAGCACGCCCAGCAGCGAGGAGAGCAACUCGCCCACGGAGCUCAACUCGUACAAGCGUCUGGGCGACAAGCCACCCCUCAUCAAGCGACUGGCGAUGGGCCUCGCGAACACCCCUCCGGAGGAAGACCAUUCCCCGCUGGUCGAACCUCUAGCGGACAUCUUGCCUCCCCAGAGCAUAGUCCGCGACAACACCGUCAAACACAUAGAGAUUGACAACAACAGGUUAUCGCAAAGUUCACCGAGCAGCACAGAAACGGAACUGAAGUCUAAGCGGAUCUCUCAGAUCAGCAGUUCGAGUAGUUCUGUGUCAGGUACAGCACCGACGGACAGUUCCACACCUCCCCCUCCCCUCCCACCUGAGAGGACGGAUAGUCUCACCAACAAACCGGAAGAAGGAGAGUUGAGGACAGCACCAUGGUUCCAAGCAGGGAUACCAAGGGAGAUUACACUAGAAGUACUGGGACAGGAGCCUGUGGGAGCGUUCAUGGUCAGGGAGAGCACAAGCAAACCGGGCUGCUUCGCUCUGUCACUCAGGGUUCCCAGAGAGUUCCAGCCACUCGGCAUCGCUCACUACCUUAUUCUUAGGACAAAUAAAGGCUAUAAAAUUAAGGGGUUCACAAAAGAGUUCUCCACACUGACUGCACUGAUAACUCACCACUCCGUGAUGCCCGAGCUGUUGCCGUGUCCGCUGUCGCUGAGUCGGUACAACCCGAGCUUCGUCAAGUCCGACUCAAACAGAGACUUUGCCGACAUCGACUCCGACCCUGACUACAAUACUCUGGCCGACUUCCGCAAGAUGAUGGCAGACCUCAAUGUUUAGUGUUGUCACAGUGAAGAACUAUAUAACUAUUUUUUAGUUUAAUUUCUUAUGAACCAAAGUCUACGACUGGAAGAUCUAUCGGAAAACGUUCAAUUAAUUGUUCUUUUAACCACAGUUUAUAAGUCCGUAAUUUUUAUUGGUUAUCGGUGAGAGCUAAUAACUACAGUUUUGACAAUUUACAGUAAUUAAUAAACGUAACAUUUUUUUUUUUGUAAAUGUUCAUCGCUAUUUAUGGGUGAUGUACGUAAAUUACGUUGAUGUAGUAUGUGUUUAAACACGUUAUUUCACUUGUUUCGCUUUACAAUGCUUGUUAAAUGUUGGCUGUGUAUACUUGAAACUGAAGCUGCUAUGUUACACUUCCUAUUUACUAAGGAGUAAGUGUUUUUUGUUUUGUUU